CUCUACGUCAGUAUAUUGUCGCGUUUAACUUUUCAAACGGGACCCAAACACGCGCACAAACACACACACACGCGGGACAGGGGACACUCAACGGAAUCAGAGUGAGCGUGUUGCUGGGACAGUUUAUCGCUAUCGUUUACUAUAUCGGAUUAUCAUUCAUUUUAAUCCGUAGGGACACUUCUAAAUGAAGAGGACUUGUUCAAACCGGACUGGAUAACAUUAUUUAAUAGCGAAGUGGAUAAGGGUUUUUUUUUUUUCUUCUUUUUUUCUUAAACGUCGCAGUGGAUAACGUUUAUGAAUGGACUCACACGGAAAGGCAGGUUGGCUGAAGAUGUUUAGCGCUUAAAGUUUGUGUGUGUCACUACACGCGCAACAUGUGUUGCACUGAAGCGAGGUAUUUUGACAGCGGAGCACACAGACUGUGAUAUAGCGACUAAACUUGACAUUUGCCAUUUGAAUAAUUAUACUCUUGCACAUGCUAAAAUGAUCUCGGAGGAAAGAAGCGUUCACAUCUCUAAACAAGCUCUCGGCUUUCCUGUCGGGUUAUUGAUCCGCUCGCCCAAGAGACGCCUGGCAAUGCUGGGCAGAAAGGCCAGCAAUGGAUCUCUGCAGUCCAGCAUGUCUGAUAGCACGGCUCAGUCUGUGGAGAGCACUGGAGUCCGGCAGCCGGCCAAGAGCAAGAUACGCCGACACAACAACAGACUGACCACCGUGUUCAACCGAAGCCCUGUUUUGCGAAACAGACGGCCAGGUCAGGACAGCAGGACCCUAGAAUUGCAAGCAGCGGACGACCCCGCAGAGCUGUCCAGUCAGAGGACUAUCCCAGGGAUCCUCAAGAUAUUUGGCAGUGACAUCUGCCAAGGAACCAACUAUAAGAGCGUGCUGGCCACCAGUCACUCCAGCGCCAAAGAGCUGGUCAAAGAGGCUCUGGAGAGGUACUGCUUGGAAAAGGAAGACUCCAGUGCGUAUGUGCUCUGUGAUGUGAUUGGCCGAACUGGAUUGGACCACGAAUGGAAGACAGAGUGCUGUCGGGUUGUCGGUGACCACGAGAAGCCCCUCAUGUUGCAGUCGCUCUGGAAACCCAAGGAUGGAUUCUCCAGGCGUUUCGAGAUCCAGAAAAGAGCAAACAUGGAGGCGCAAAGUGCCAAGAAUACAGACACAAUCACUGCAGGCCUCAAUGCCCAAGUCCGAAAGCUGCAGCAUGCUCGUGCGCGGGUCACCUCUCUGUUUGUGGAUGGGACGAAUGAGGGGCUGGAUGCUCUGGGUAUCUGGAGGAGCUUGAGUGACAUGAACGUCUCCACUAUGGGAAAAGAAGCCAUUGAGAACCAUAAUGCACCUCUACAAGAGGAUCCAGAAGCAGAGGCUGACAAAGAGGCUCACCGCCUCAAUGCAGAGAAAGAGGAGACGGAAAGCAGCGAUGACAACAACACACAGUACUCCAUCCACCUGCCCUUUGAUUUCCCAUACUUCCUUCUGCUGCAAGGAUACAACCACAGACAGGACUUUCUGAUCUAUCUGAUGAGUGGGAACAGUUGUAUAUUUGGCUCCUCAAUUGAAUCCUCCACUGGUAACAAUGAGGAGACCCUAAAAGUGGACGUUCUACUCUUUGCCCCUGACAUCCUACCUCAUCACUGCUGCGUACAGCGUCUAGACGCCACCAGUGACCAAACCAAGGGAAGUAGCAAGAUGCAAACCAUGCUCAGACCCCUCCACAGCGCACUUGUUACACACAACGGCGUCCCCCUUGAUGACGAGGUUGUGUUGUGUCCGGGGGACCUGGUGGGGCUCGGGCAGCACUAUCUCUUUAUGUUCAAGGACCCUACGACCUCAGGAGCCUUCCAGACCCCAUCCUGGAUGGCCACCCUGUGUCCUCCAGCCACAGUGUCACCCUGUAAACUGUGUGGAACUUCUGUCAGGAGGAGGAGAACUCAAAAAAUGGCCGCCCGCUGGAGGGACUUGGAGGGCAAGGUGCUGUCGUUGUCCUAUCAGAUACAGCAUGAAGAUCAAGUCUUGGAGAAGAUUCUCAGUAUGGUGGACCCAGGAGAGGAAGAACCCAAACUUACUCCAGCCUUUCUGCUGUGUUUGUGCAUUCAACACUCUGCCACCAACUUUGAGUUGGUUCACCUCCGGAAAUUGCUGCUCUCUAUCGCUAAUCAAGUCCAGCUCACCAUGUGGGAAAGAACAAAAGAACUCGCAGCUCUGCAGCCAGACAUAAACACUAGUGAUACAUCAGCAGAGCAGCAUGUGUUGAACAUCAAGGAUCUGAUCCCAGGCCUGCAGCCGCUGGUGCUGUGGAUGUCCAACUCUGUUGAGCUGCUGCACUUCAUCCAACAUGAGGUCCCCCUGCUCUUAACAUGGAGACAGCAGGACAGACAGGAAAUGGACAAAGAAUCAAUGGAUUGUCAGAUCCAGUCCACACGUGCUGCCAGCGAGGAGGCCAUGACAGUCCUAGAGGAAGUCAUCAUGUUCACCUUCCAGCAGUGUGUCUACUAUCUCACUAAAAGUAUGUAUGCCAUGUUACCGGGGCUGCUGGAUAGUAACCCUUUCUCUGAGAGCGGUCAGCUGCGCAUGCCUGCAGGGGUCAGCCAAAUCCUGGACGUCCUGAAGGAGGCACUGCACCUGCUCAACACUUUCCAGGUGCACAGCGAGAUCACAUCUCAACUGCUGACCUACCUGUUCUUCUUCACGAACGCCUCACUCUUCAACACGCUCAUGGAGAGAGGGUCUGGAGGUGGCUUCUACCAGUGGUCUCGAGGAGUGCAGAUCCGGGCCAAUCUGGAUUUGCUGAUGGACUGGAUUCAGAGCAUUGGCAUGGGAGAUUUGGCUGCUGACUUCUUCCAGAGGCUCUCUUCAGCUGUCAACCUGCUCGCUACUCCCAAGGAGACCCUCCUGCAGGCAUCAUGGUGCACUCUGAGAGCUGAGUUUAUUCAUCUGAACCCUGCACAGCUGCAUCACAUGCUAAGAGAGUACAACACAGCUCGGAUGUGCCCUCCGUGCUGGACGCCAUCUCCAGAGGAUGCAGCGGCUGCCCUCAAUACCUCUAAUAUCCUGGAAAGUUUCGACAACCAUCCUCCUCUAAUCCUGCCCAGCAGCAUUUUUAAUCUGGAGCUGGGAAAUCCCAUCACAGAGCCAGGGCUGUUCACUCCUCUCCGGCAUCUGCAGGAGUUUAUCCAGUCUCUCCCAGACAGCCAGACACAGUCUGACCAACAGCCCUCACAGGGCUCCUGCAGUAACUUGACUGAAGAGACAGCAUCUGAACCAAUCACCUCCCAGGACUCAGAGGAGAAGGAUCAGAACCAUGUCAGCUUGACACCUCCUCAGUUUCGGGGGUCUCACAGUAACCUGAGCACGUGUGAGGCCGUCCUGACCCAAAAACUCAAGUGCCUGGAGCUCCAAAACAGCCUGUCGGGAAAUACAGACCUGGGGUACCACAAGAGUCUGGCCCUCGACCCCUCCUGCCUGCUGACAAAACCAACCCCUCAGAGUCUUGAGCAAGCCGAGCUAGAAGCCAGCCUGCUGGAGGGGGCAGCGCAGCAGACGGCACGCCAGCACAGGAAAGUAGAGAACGGCAUCACAGGAAACCACAGAACAGAGGAGGAUGAGGAUGAUAGAGAUGAAGUGUGCACCGUAGAGCUGAUGAGAGGACCUCAUGGUCUUGGGCUGGCGCUGGUGGAUGGAAUGAAAACUCCUCUGCGAGUGAGUGGGAUCUACGUGAAGUCAGUGGUGCCUGAUUCCCCAGCAGGCCUCAGUCAGAGACUAAGAGCGGGCGACCGCAUCCUCGCUGUCAAUGGAGUCAGUCUGGUGGGAAUGGACUACCACAGUGGACGAGAGCUCAUCCGGACGUCCAGCGAUUCGCUGCGAUUACUGGUGGCCAGAACUGAAUCCAGGAGCUUCUUCACCAGAUGCUGAGAAACAAAACAGACUCGUCCUGAUGACUGGACUGAUCUUUCCUCACUGAUCCAUUCAGUCAAAUCUCAAAACAGUGGAACUCAGAUUUAAGCUGAAACCAAAGGAAAGACAAUUGAAAUGAAUUCAUUAAUGUUGCUGUUUGUGUUGUUUUCUUUGUCUCUGGCUGUUGGUGGGAAUACAACAGUCUCAAAUGGCCAGGACAAUUUUUUAGCAUUUAUUUCACACUUUUCUUUCCAUCUUUUAUGUAACAUAGUUUACCAGAUGUUUCCUGGUGUUUUAUUUUUGUUUAGUGUCUGUCCGUCUGUCGUUUUCUAGUUUCCUGAGAAACAGUUGUGGUCCAGACAGAGUUAUUUCAGUUUCCCUCAAACUGGAAGAGAGAGAGUCUCACAAAUCCAUUCUCUGUUCAUAACAUCCAAAUACUGCUGGAAAUAUCAGUCAAAACUACAUUGGUUUUAGUAAUUUUAUUUUUUUAAUAUUUAGCCAAAGUAUCAAUAUUAAUGUGGUUUGUGUUGCUGAUGUUAUGAAACUAUGUACUAUUUUGAUGCCAUUUCAUAUCAUUAUUACACCUGAUGUCAAUCAUAAAUGAUGUUCUUCCUCAGUGCCAGAAAACAGUGUUAUAUUUGUCAUCAGUGUUCAUGAUGGCAUUAAAAAAAACAAUGUUAUAAUAU